AUAAUAUUGUAAAAAUAUAUGUGUAUUCAUUCCUUUCCCUGUAACAUCUGUUUACAUGUGUUCAGUGGACGAAUGUGCUACUGGAUGAUUAUGUAAAAAUAAUACUGGAAGCUUGAGGGGCUUAUUUGUUAAAAUGUUUUUUAUUCUUUCUUUCUUUCUUUUUUUUUUUUUUUAAAUUCCCAUCUGAGUGGCUGCAGGUCUCUGGAAACAUUAGAGAGGUAUUGGAGCACAGCAUGGUGACGUUGCCUGGAGGGCAGGGGCAGCUUUCAAAUGCUCCAUCCAACCUUUACUCAAGAGUAAACCCACCCUCAAACUGCGUCUCGUGCAGAGGAUGCUCAUCUUUCCUAUCAACAUGUGAAUGUCGCCAAUAACUGGAAAGAACGAAAGAAAGAAAAAGAUGGAGCAACAGGUGGAAAACCAGAGUCAGUCUUUCAACUCCAACACCGUGAGGCUGCCGGCUAAACUCAGCCUGGGGAUGGGUGUGGAUAACUUUAUUUCUCUCAUGAUAUUUGGAGUUAUUUUUAUUCUCGGCGUGCUCGGGAACACGAUGGUGAUCACGGUGCUGGCGCGCAGCAAACCGGGACAGCCGAGGAGCACGACCAACAUCUUCAUCCUCAACCUGAGCGUGGCGGACCUGUCCUACCUCCUCUUCUGCGUCCCCUUCCAGUCCACCAUCUACAUGCUGCCCACAUGGGUGCUCGGGGCUUUCAUUUGCAAGUUCAUCCACUAUUUCUUCACCGUGUCCAUGCUGGUCAGCAUUUUCACUCUGUCUGCGAUGUCCGUGGACCGCUACGUGGCCAUCGUCCACGCCAGGAAAUCGUCCUUGAUCCGGGUGGGGAGGCAUGCCAUGCUCGGCGUGCUGCUGAUCUGGGUCCUGUCCCUGGCCAUGGCAUCGCCUGUGGCGCACUACCAGAGCAUCGUGGAGAGGGAGGACAACAACACGUUCUGCUGGGAGGUCUGGCCGGAUCACCAGAGGAAAGUCUACGUGAUGUGCACCUUCGUGUUCGGGUACCUCCUGCCUCUCACUUUGAUAUCCGUCUGCUACGCAAAGGUUUUAAACCAUCUGCACAAGAAGCUCAAGAACAUCUCCAAAAAAUCUGAACUCUCCAAAAAGAAGACUGCUCAGACCGUGCUGGUGGUGGUCGUGGUCUUCUGUCUGUCCUGGCUGCCCCACCACAUCGUCCACCUGUGGGUGGAGUUCGGCUCGUUCCCCCUGAACCAGGCCUCCUUCGUGUUCAGGAUGGUGGCCCACUGCCUGGCCUACAGCAACUCCUCCGUCAACCCCAUCAUCUACGCCUUCCUCUCCGAGAACUUCAGGAACUCCUACAAGCAGGUGUUCUGGUGCCGGGCGCCCAGCGAGUGUCCUCUGAACGAAACCAGGGACCUCCGCAGCAGGAUGGAGCCGGCGCCGUCCACCAGCUGCAAAGGUCACGACUCUCAGAUCAAUAAGAUGCUUUGAUGCCGUCACCAAAGCACAUGACGCGCUCAGAGAUAAUGGACUUUUUGGAACCUGUGUGAAAACCUGUGUAAAUACUGAUUUAUCCACUGAUAUUUGUUUUUUUAAGUACUGUAAGGAGCAUGAACUGGACUAGUAAUAUCUAGUGUAAUACAUAUUUCUCAAUGCCAUUAGUUGCGUCCUAUAAAUUGAGGGGAGGGGCCUCUGUGCAUCACCCCACAGAUACUUGAUCAGUUUGGGGUCGAGUAAAUCUGGAGGCCAGGUCAACACCUUGUGCUGUUCUUCGUGUUUUUAGAGUUGUUCCUGAAGUGUUUUU